AUGGAACCGUUAUUUGAGGAAUACCUAGCAAACCGUGGAACAAUAGUAAAACCUUAUUAUUGGCUAAGCUUCUCUCUAGAUUGCUCUAAUUGUCCUUACCAUAUUCGGACAGGUGAAGAAGCAAGAGUUUCCUACACAGAAUUCUAUCUGAUUUUUGGAUUCCCUUACAGGCCAACACAUGCUCAAACAAAACACCUCAUGUUUCACGAACUGAAAACUGCUACUGGAAGCCUCAUGCAAAAGGGUCAUGCCAGCAGUUGCAGUGCGAAUAAUACUCAUCCAGAAUCAAUGCUAUUCGAGACGAACGGUUAUUUUGACUCGGCCAUCUACAAUCGCGAUGGCAUCAGGCAUAUCAUCCUGUAUGCCGGCGGCUCCCCUUGCCAUGAAGCCGACCACUGCUGUAUCAGCGAAAUGUGCAAUUUCCUGAUCAUGCAUCCAGACGUCACGCUUAGUAUUUACUUCUCUCAGCUCUAUCACACUGGCACUGACUUUCCUGCCUUGGCGUGGAACCGCGAAGCUCUCCGGAGCCUGGCUAGCCUGUGGCCAAAGGUCACUCUGAGCCCGCUAAGUGGUGGGAUCUGGCAUUUUCUCCUUGACAAUGCUGUGAGCGGCGUUUUCGGAUCAACUGUUUUCCAGCCCAUUCUAAUGGGGAGAGCGCUGGCUGACAGGCACAACGCGUAUGAAAUUGGCGCCAUAACGGGAGUGAAACCUUAUUUCACUGAUGUUCUUUCCCAGGCAAAAGAGCAUCAGAACAUCACAGCCCAGGCAGCUUUGGGGAGCUACCCCUUCAACAAUGUCUUUCCUGGACAGUCUCUUCAAGUGACGAGUGGACAAGCGCCACCCCAUCUGCCGCCAGACCUGAGGGUUCCCGUCAUCUUUGUGCUUGUGCCUUUAAGAGACCGGCCACUGAUCCAUGCAGGUCAAAACCCAUACAAACCCAGGAAUGUUGUAAGGCACUUAAAUAUGCCCCAAAGGUCAUUCCAGGAAGCCAAGGACUUCAGGAGGCCUCCUACUGCAGUGCCAGCGGGGACAGCAGAAGUCACAGAGCAGUCUGUAAGUAACAACGAGGCAGAUGAAAAGAAGAAAAAGAAAGGGAGAAAAUAA